GGGAUACCAUGGCUUUACCCUACCAACUAUGCCAGAAAUGGUCAACUUUUCGGGAACUACUUCGCAUUAUGUAUACCGAUCGCCAAGGCUGGUUUCGAAUCGAUCUAGGCUUGGCAAAAUAUGGUCAAAGAGGGUGAUCACCUGUCAAUGUGUGUUGCCCUCGAUGAUCUCUUAGCUACCGAAGGCCAUUGUCCGUUUCCUAGCUGCCAGGCUUUGUUAGACAAUGCUGAAAUUAGAAAUGGGGGUAAAGUAUGUCCUGAAUGUGGUCGAUGGGCAUUGUCAACACCACCGCCAACGACGAAAUCGGUGCAUCAAAAGCUUCCCCUGUUGGACUACGAAUACAUUGAGCCGCAUGAUCUUCGCGAAGAUCUGGACAAUACUGAAGACGUGGAAAUCUAUCGACAAAUAUAUGUUCAAGCCCGAGCCAUCACCAAGGAAAAUAUAAAAUCUGGAAUCGACGCUGAGCAACGUGGUCGUGGCUCUGUUCCCUCUGAAAAUACACGAACGAUUCGUAUAGUCUCGCCUCCCCGUGAGAAACCCGAGGAGAAGCCUAUAAAGGGCAUUCUUCGCCGACCUAGAGACAAGUUUCCUGAAGACCCGGCUCCCAUUAGGGAGGGCGUUGCUCCAUUGAAAGAUGGGAAGAAAGAUAUACCACCAGACGCUCGGUGGACUAAGAUCAGUCGGAAGCUUGUAAACCCUGCAGCUCUGGAGGCAGGGAAAGAAAGAUUUGAGGCGAGGGAUGACUUCGUCAUUGUAUUGAGAGUAUUGUCGAGAGAAGAAAUCCAGGCUUACGCAGAUGUAACUCAGAGGAUUAGAGCAACAAAGGGGUCUAGCGACAAAAAGCCCGCCACUCGUGCUAAUGUAGGCGAUCGAGAUGAAAGACAACCUAGAUCCUCGAGACAUCGUCAUAAGCAAGAGAGGCAACAUCGCCAGUAUCCAGAAAGGCAAUACCGCUCUACCAUCGAUGAUGCGAACUCAAUUCGACUAGCACUUGAACAGAAGCAGAGCAGGUUAUCUGUCCCUGUCCGACUGCCUGAUUACAUGCGAGACAGCCGCGCAUCCACAACUUCUGCAACAAGACAUGACUCCACAGGCUACAGAGCGGAUGAGGAUACCGAUUACGAUGGAAUUCAAUACACCAAUCCAUCAGACCUGGUGCGUGAUGAUUUGGAACGAACAGCAGAGCAUUCAAACCAUCCCCUACGAGCACGUCGCUCUGAAGUAAGUAUCAGAACGAAGAUUGUUACAGAAACGGGCCGGGAUUCAAAAAUUUGAGUAGGGACAGAGCGUACGGGGUAAUUUUCGCCGACUUUUUUGCAGUGCUUUGUGGCUCGUUUUCUUAGCCACAGCUAAACUUGCGGUCUAACAUUGGCCCGCCGCUCUUUUGCUAUCCAAACUUCUAAACAUGGCGAGUAGCUUCAGCGCCUUUCAGUGUAGUCUUUUGUCGAUCGAAGAUCGAUUUUCAAGAGAACGUCUGCCUCUAUGUCUUCCCUGCUGGAGUAGAGUUAUCCUAGAAGAAACUCGAAAGGGGAUUAUACCGGCUAGAAAUUAAGAAUGACAGCCUCCUAGAUCCACCAACAUCGUGGUUACUG